GUCAUGUGUCUCUAUCCUUCACCUAUUGUUAAGAGCCCCUUGGUUUUCAUCCUUGAUAUAGCGGUCAGCGAUAGCUUUCGCUUAGACGCGCAAUGCGGCCUUCGAAUAAGUCUUUGCCUGCCCGCUGAUCACUUUGCAGGCAUUGCUUCGGUUACCUAGAUGCUCCAGGAUUUCACAACCACUCGCGCAUCGGUUCAUUUCCUUCUUGGUACUCGUUCGUGGAGAAAUGUACCGGCCUUGGUCUCCCCGCGUUGCGCUAUGCUAAUCUAGGCGAUACGCCGAUGCCCGUGACACGAACAACAUCUUCGCUUACCAGCUAUGAUGUCUGACGACGGUUUGUCUACAUAUUACACUGCUGGGGAUGACCAGUAGCCGUCUCGUCCCAGGUUAAUGGGUACUACUUCUACCAACGGCCUGCUACCACACCCUACAAGCUCCUGCAAUGGCGGCAACCAGUACCGGACCCCGAGAUGAGACCGCUGGUGUUGAUGCCAGGACUGGCGAAUUCAGCACGAGUGUCAUCGCACCCACUGAUGCACCCAACCGAUCACCAUGGAAGGCGUGGAUGUACCUCUGGGAGUGGUACCCAAAGCACUAUCCAGCAGAGGAAAGGAAGCUAUUGAGGAAAUUGGAUGCUUGCCUUCUGACCUUCUGUUCGUUCAUGUUCUUCCUCAAGUGGCUUGAUUCGUCAAACAUUAACAACGCCUACGUCUCAGGCAUGAAAGAGGAACUCAACCUCUAUGGCAACCAAUAUUCGCUUUUUGGCACCUUUUACAACUGUGGAUACCUAGUCUUCCAGAUCCCAUCCCUGCUCUUGCUUUCUCGUCCGAAGAUUGCGAAGUACUACUUACCAUUGAUGGAAGUUCUGUGGUCGAUCGUCACAUUCACCCAAUCGCAGAUGCGCAACGAGCGUGACAUCUACGGAACUCGCUUCCUACUCGGUCUGCUCGAGACUCCCGUGGCUUCUGGAACAACUUACGUUCUGGGCUCAUGGUACAAGCCUGAGGAGGUCUUCAAACGCACUGGUGUUUGGUACGUCUCAAAUAACAUUGCUGUUAUGUUUGGUGGGUAUCUACAGGCCGCCGCAUACAAGAACCUCAACGGAGUUGGUGGCAUGGCAGGGUGGCGGUGGCUCUUUAUCAUCGACGGUGUCAUCUCCCUGCCAAUCGCCCUCGCCGGUUUUCUCAUCUUCCCCGGUCUUCCUAGCAGCGCAAAGCCAUGGUGGCUCAGCCCCGCCGAACACGACCUAGCGAAGAGGCGAGUGGCAGCAGCCGGUAUUGCACCUAGUCAGAAGCUGAGCUGGUCAAUCUUUAAACGCACCCUACGGCGGUGGGAGUUCUACAUAGGUGUUCUGGCCUACACAUUCUUCCUGUCGUCCUCUUACCCCCACGGGCAGAUGGCGCUCUGGCUCAAGGACCAAGCGUCCAAGUUCCACAACUACUCCAUACCUCAGAUCAACACUAUCCCAACUGGUGCGCAGGGUGUCUCGGUGGUGGCAGCGCUCCUCGCUACAUCUCUAUGCAUGGUUUAUCCCCUGUGGAGUAUCUUCUCGAUCGUACAGACUAUCUACCUCAUCGCCAAUAUUCUGCUCCUGGUCUGGUUCAUUCCUAAGGGCCUUCACUUUGCAUGCUACUACCUUCUCGGUGUGUCCGCAGCCGUCACACCCAUACUCAUGCCCUUCAUCAACAUGGCUUUGCGCGAUGACGCCGAAGCCCGCGCUAUCACGGUUGGUGGCAUGCUCACGGCUGGCUGGGCAGUCUUCUCAUUCUAUCCCAUCACCGUAUUUCCUGUAGUUGAGGCGCCACGCUGGACUAAGGGUUAUUCGGUCAAUAUCUGCUUCAUUGUUGGGUGCUGGGCUUGCUUCUUGAUUAUGCAGUAUAUGUACAAGAAGAGCGAAGCUAGAAAGGCACAGGAAUUCAUUGGCGCUGCUGCGAGAGAUGAGGAGGAUAGUUUGAGCGAUAAGAAGCCGAUGGAUGAUGUCAAGGAGCAUGUCGAGGAGCGACGAUGAGGGACGUAGGCGUCUUUUGGGUAUAAAGUGCAUCGAUAUGUUUUACAUAUUGAUACCCAGAUGACAGAUUGAAUGCGAAUGAUGUAAAGAA